AUGGGCUGGCAUCAUCGACUAUUUGGGGCCAUGCUGCCGGGCCUUGCUGCCGCCACGCUCACCCAGGAGCAGACCAACGGAAAUUCUGUGCUGGGAACGGCCGCCGCUCCCUACCUUCCCCAUUUCCUCACGAACAACCCGCUGCCCCAAGGCUAUCCCUGGGGCUCGCUCACGGUCAACGGCACCGACCAGUACACGACGCACCCAAACACGGGCGUGAUCCGGUCGUACGACUUUACCAUCAGCCGCGGCACGCUCGCGCCCGACGGAUAUGACAAGUCCAUGAUCCUGAUCAACGGCGGGUUCCCCGGCCCCUUGAUCGAGGCCAACUGGGGCGACACGAUCCAGGUGACCGUGCACAACAACAUCACGGGGCCCGAGGAGGGCACGACGCUGCACUGGCACGGGUUCCUGCAGCAGGGGACGCCGUGGGAGGACGGCGUGCCGGCGGUGUCGCAGUGCCCAAUUGCACCCGGGUCGUCGUUCACGUACCAGUUCCAGGCGACGCUGUACGGCACGGCGUGGUACCACUCGCACUACUCGGCGCAGUACGGAGACGGCGUUGUCGGGCCGAUUGUCGUCUACGGGCCCAACGCGUAUCCGUACGACAUCGACGUCGGGCCCAUUCUGCUGAGCGGCAAGUCCUCGUUGGCCGGCACACAGUUGAGGAUGCUCGCGCCCGGCGGCAAGCCCCAGGUGCCGUCGGACAACAACCUGAUCCAGGGCAAGAACAGCUUCGACUGCGCGACCGUCGACAGCGCCGACCACACCGCCUGCGUGUCCGACGCGCCCAAGGCCGAAUUCUUCUUUGAGCCCGGCAAGGUGCACCGCCUGCGCCUCAUCAACUCGGGCAGCGAGGGCGUCCAGCACUUUAGCAUCGACGACCACAUGCUGACGGUGAUUGCCUACGAUUUCAUUCCCAUGGAGGCGUACCAGGCCAAAGUGGUGACGGUGGGCGUGGGCCAGCGCGCCGACGUGCUGGUCACGGCCAAUGCCGCGACGGGCCGCAACGCCAGCACCGCCUCGUUCUGGAUGCGCAGCAACCUGGCCCUGUGCGCGACGGCCAAGCAGCCGUACGCCUUGGCGGCCGUGUACUACAGCAGUCCGGCCACCGCGUCGUCAGGGUCGACCGCGACGCCGCCGGGCGCCAGCAAACUUGACAUAGGUCUUGGUGGGGCGGCGAGUCUCCCUGGUGUUGGCUCCGUUGUCGGCUCCGGUGUCGGCUCCGUUGUCGGCUCCGGUGUCGAAAUCGGAUCCGGCGGUCUUGGCGUGAGCUCGUAUGGCGGCGGUGUCGGCGACGAGGGCAGCUCUCAGCCGAGUAAGCCCAAGCCAACGACCAACAGCCCCAAGCCCAAGCCCAAGCCCAAGCCUGAGCCCACCUCCCGGCCCUGGGCGGUCGGGUCGGUCGGCGUGCCCGACCCGCGGUCGUGCACCAACGACGACCUGGCGCUCACGCGCCCGCUGUACCCCAUUGCGCUGCCGCCACCCAGCUGGACGCACACGUUUGACAUUGGCGUCUUUGUCAACGCCUCCAACGUGACGCUGUGGAAGUUUGACGGCGUCAGCUUCCGCGGCGACUACAACGCGCCCACGCUGCUGCUCGCCAGCCUCGGCAACGCCAGCACCGCCGACUGGCCCGUCGAGUGGAACGGCCGCAACCUGUACACCAACUCCUCGGUGCGCAUGAUUGUCAACAACCCGGGGCCCUCGCAGCACCCCAUGCACCUGCACGGCAGCAACUUUUACGUGCUGCACGAGGGCCCCGGCCCCUGGGACGGGCGCUCCAUCGUCCACCCGGAGAACCCCAUGCGCCGCGACGUGCAGCUGGUCCGGCCCAACGGCCACCUGGUGCUGCAGUUCGAUACCACCAACCCGGGCGUCUGGCCGUUCCACUGCCACAUUGCGUGGCACGCGUCGGGCGGGUUCCUGGAGCAGUUUAUUGUGCAGCCGGAGAAGAUUGAGGCGAUGAGCGUGCCGAGCAUCAUGGCGCAGACGUGCCGUGACUGGGCGGCCUGGACGGGCACGCAUAUUCCGGACCAGAUCGACAGCGGUCUGUAG